AUGUCAGUGGGUGAUCGUGCCACGAUUUCCAAUAUGACGCCUGAAUAUGGCGCAACUGCGGCAAUGUUCUAUAUCGACCAAAACACGAUUGAUUAUUUAACCCUGACAGGUCGUGAAGCUGAGCAAGUUGCACUGGUUGAAAACUAUGCCAAAGAAAUUGGUCUUUGGGCAUCGGAUAUGAAACAAGCGGAAUAUCCACGUGUACUUCGCUUCGAUCUUUCAACAGUAACACGUAAUAUUGCAGGCCCAUCAAACCCACAUGCACGUGUAUCUACAGCAGAUUUAAAAGAAAAAGGCAUUGCAGGCGUGGUUGAAAACCGCACCGAUGGUUUAAUGCCAGAUGGUGCUGUGAUCAUUGCUGCAAUUACUUCGUGUACCAAUACAUCAAACCCACGUAAUACGGUUGCAGCAGGUCUAUUGGCACGUAAAGCCAAUGAAUUGGGUUUAACCCGUAAACCUUGGGUGAAAUCUUCUUUUGCACCUGGUUCUAAAGCAGCUGCUUUAUAUCUUGAAGAAGCAGGCGUAUUGGAUGAUUUAGAAAAAUUAGGUUUUGGUAUCGUGGCGUAUGCAUGUACGACAUGUAACGGUAUGUCAGGUGCUUUAGACCCUAAACUGCAACAAGAAAUUAUUGAUCGUGACUUGUAUGCAACAGCGGUACUUUCGGGUAACCGUAACUUCGAUGGUCGUAUCCAUCCUUAUGCAAAACAAGCAUUCUUGGCAUCUCCUCCGCUGGUUGUAGCGUAUGCGAUUGCAGGAACUAUUCGUUUUGACAUUGAAAAAGAUGCAUUAGGAAAUGACAAAGACGGUAAUCCAAUUUACUUAAAAGACAUUUGGCCUUCAGAUGAAGAAAUUGAUGCUUUGGUCAAAGAAGCGGUGAAACCUGAACAGUUCCGUAAAGUGUAUAUUCCAAUGUUUGAUUUGGGUGUCACGGAAAAAGCGGCAAGUCCUUUAUAUGACUGGCGUCCGCAAAGUACCUAUAUCCGCCGUCCGCCGUACUGGGAAGGGGCUUUGGCUGCACCACGUACACUGGCAAAUAUGCGUCCGCUUGCGAUCUUGCCUGACAACAUCACCACGGAUCAUUUGUCUCCAUCGAAUGCAAUCAUGAUGGAUUCGGCAGCAGGCGAAUACCUACAUAAAAUGGGUGUGCCCGAGGAAGACUUUAACUCCUAUGCAACCCAUCGUGGUGACCAUUUGACUGCACAACGUGCGACCUUUGCGAAUCCGAAAUUGUUUAAUGAAAUGGUGGUUCGUGCGGACGGUACGAUCAAACAAGGUUCGAAAGCACGUGUUGAGCCUGAAGGCGAAGUGAUGCGUAUGUGGGAAGCGAUUGAAACUUAUAUGAAUCGUAAGCAACCACUCAUCAUCAUUGCUGGUAAGGACUAUGGUCAGGGUUCAAGCCGUGACUGGGCUGCAAAAGGUGUGCGUCUUGCAGGUGUUGAAGCGAUUGUGGCGGAAGGUUUUGAGCGUAUUCAUCGUACUAACUUAGUGGGUAUGGGCGUGUUACCGCUUGAGUUUAAAGCAGGAACUGACCGUAAAACUUUAGGUUUAGAUGGUACGGAGCUGUAUAGCGUGAUUGGCAAUAUCGCACCACGUUCGACGUUAACUUUAGUCAUUGAGCGUGCGACGGAUGAAGGUAAGAGUGAAAUUGUUGAAGUGCCUGUCACUUGUCGCCUAGAUACUGAAGAAGAAGUGUCUGUAUAUGAAGCGGGUGGUGUUUUACAACGCUUUGCACAGGAUUUCUUGGAAGGGAAUGUAGCGUAA